GAUUUCCGCAUACGAGUACUAGCAGACAUGAAUAGCUGCAGUUUAUAUUGUUUGUGGCUGUGAUAAUGUAUUUCCUACUAGUUAUUUUAUUUGUCGGAUUCGUCUGUUCAAAUGCAGAAAGGCUAACAACAGAUUUUUCAAAUGAUGAUAUCGAAGCUUUUAUUCUGAACGCACUGAAGAACAAUGAAACUGAAGCAUACGACUUCAGUAACGCCACAGAUGAAAUUUGUAACCCGCUAGAGGCGACUAAACCAAGUUUUAACGUCCCUGGAAGGAGGAUCAGCGAAGCGAAAUGUCUAGAAUAUAUGUGGGAAGUGAAAAAUAUUGAAGAUCAAAUAGAAGCAGAUGAUAAAUGUCGUGUCUACCUCAUAUCUCAAAUCAAACGGGGAGUUAUACCAGAGGUGUUUUUAUUCAUACCGCCAACUGUCAUCUUUGGGGGACGACCAGCGACACCAGCAGAGUUUCCUCACAUGGGUGCAAUAGGCUGGCAAAGCAAGGAACAAACUAAAUGGAUAUUCAAAUGUGGUGGUUCACUUAUCAGUGAAAAAUAUGUGCUAACAGCUGCUCAUUGUACUUGGCUCUCCUUGAUCUAUCACCAAGAUGUAGUAAAUAAUACACCUGAAGUGGUCCGGUUGGGUGUGGAGAAUAUAGAAGAUGAUGACUUUCAUAUCAAUGGCGACCCAGUGGACAUGACAAUAAAGAGGAUUAUAACCCAUCCACGAUACAAGCCCCCAAGGAAAUACUACGACAUAGCUCUUAUCGAGCUAAACGAUAGAGUUAAGUUCGCCCACAACGUCCACCCAGCUUGCUUGUGGUCAAAACCACGGAGUCACCUUGGCCAUGAAGGAAUUUUAACUGGAUGGGGUGUCACUGAAAACGGGAAACAAUCUACAAUCCUUCAAACAGCAACUGUAGACAUGCUAAAGUUCAGUCAGUGCAGUCCCAUACUCCGUAAUUCCUGGAACAGAAAUUGGCAUGGCUUCGCGAAGCACCAGCUAUGUGCUGGAAAACUUACUGGCAAGGUUGAUUCAUGUCAGGGAGACUCCGGCGGCCCGUUGCAAAUAAAGAUCAAUACGGGAACUAAUACUUCAAUGAGCUCCGUUGUUGGAAUAACAUCCUUCGGAAUUAAAUGUGGCCAAAAAGAUAAACCAGGCAUAUACACUAAAGUAUCAAGUUUUAUUGGUUGGAUCGAGAAAACCGUAUGGGGUUCUGAAGAAAAGGAAGAAGUUACAUCACUGUUUAAAAACAAGAAUAUAACUUUUCAUCGUAGAACGUGAAUGUAAAAUUUCGCUAACGUUAAAUAAAUGGAAGUAUUUAUAUUUGUUAAAAAGUAUGAUUAAGUAACGAGAGAAAAUUAGAACAGCAUGUAGGCGUUGAAGAUGUACAUUCACAAUAAAUCAAAAUUAUAUAUUAUCUUUUCAAAAUGGAGUAGAGAUCAUUCAUAAGUAUUCUUAUAUUUAAAUUUUCUAAACACAAAUAUAUCACAGUGAACAAAACAUUGAAAUAUUUUAAGUAAAUAGAACACUAAGAAAUAAAAGUACAGUUCGUUAUAA